AUGCCUACCACAACGGCAGAAACCCUUUCCCUCGUCACCCGAAACGUCACCGUUGCGCCCCUCGUGCUUCUCUCCGCCGUCGACCACUACAAUCGAACCGUUUCCACAAAGACAAAGCGACGAGUCGUCGGUGUUCUCCUGGGACAAAAUGACGGAAACGAUGUGAGAGUGUCAAACAGCUUUGCUGUUCCUUUCGAGGAGGAUGACAAGGACCCUUCGGUAUGGUUCCUUGAUCACAACUACGUUGAAUCAAUGAACGAUAUGUUCAAGAAAGUCAACGCCCGAGAGAAGCUUAUAGGAUGGUACCACACCGGUCCCAAGCUCCGCGCAUCUGAUUUGGAGAUCAAUGAACUCUUCAAGCGCUACACACCCAACCCCCUCCUUGUCAUUGUCGAUGUCCAGCCCAAGGAGUCAGGAGUGCCUACAGAUGCUUACUUUGCCGUUGACGAAAUCAAGGACGACGGCACAACCACCGCACGAACAUUUGUCCACACUCCUUCCGUCAUCGAGGCCGAGGAGGCAGAAGAAAUUGGUGUCGAGCACUUGUUAAGAGAUAUUCGCGAUGUCGCUGCGGGGACACUAUCCACACGAGUCACAAACCAGUUGCAAUCACUUCAGGGUCUACACCUGCGCCUGCGAGACAUCGGCGCAUACCUCCAGAAGGUCCUCGACAAACAACUACCCGUUAACCACGCGAUCCUUGGAAACCUUCAGGAUGUUUUCAACCUAUUGCCCAAUCUCUCCACGCCCGAGAGAGAUGGCAAGUCUGGCGGCGGCGAAUUGGCAUAUGCGAUGAGUGUCAAGACCAACGACCAGCUUAUGGCUAUUUACCUGAGCAGUCUGAUCCGUGCCAUCACAGCCUUCCACGAUCUUAUCGAGAACAAGAUCCAAAACAGGCAACAACAAGAGGAGAAGGAGGCCAAAAAGGAGGAGAUCAACAGCAAGGAUGAGAAGAAGGAGGGCACAAAUGGCGCAAACACUCAAGCCAAGGAAGGUGGUGAGAAGGAUAAGGAGAACAAGGAGACCAAGAAAUAA